AUGAGCCAGGGCAAGAUCCUCGAUGUCGUGCGCAGAAAUACCAAGUUCAUCUUCUCCGGCGUUUCGAAACAACAUCUCACUAUGUCUGAGAAUGAUUCCCUGGUUACAAUUCGCGUGCGCCAUUUUAGCGACAGUAGUCCGGAUGAGGCCAAUAUCAAGCAGGAAGACGGACCCAGCCUGCUUUUCUACUACAUUUUUGAUGAUUGGGUGUCUAGUUAUGGCUUGAUCGCGAAACGGGAGCAUAAGUAUGGAGUUGCUCUCGAGAGAUUGAGAGCUGAUAUGCUCAAUCGCCCUGUGGUUGAGCUAAUUAAUGAACUGCACUGGCUCGGUCGACGACUCGCCGUGCUCAAGCGAUUAUACCAGAGCUACGAACUUAUCAUGCAACGGCUGCUCCAACGCCAGCGCAUGCUGCGCGACGAGGCCCGCUCCCACCAUCCGGCCCCCUUACCAUUUGGAGCAUCGUUUGGGGAUAGAGAAUUUGCCGACAUGCGUAAGGACAGUCUGAUGAGCAGUGGCAGUAUCCCCAGCACGAGCGACAGACCGGUUGGGGUGAUUCUGAGUUCAGCCGCGGCAGCACGAUUUGAGCGACUCGCCGAUCGGAUUGUUUUGUACUGUUUGAGUGAAAUCGAGGCCUGUUUGACGGAGAAGGAAUCAUUGACGUUUUUGAAUUUCAACUUGAUCGCGCUUAAGGACUCGCAAGCAGUGGAGAAAUUGACUCGGAUCACUAUCCUUCUAGCGAAGGCCACCAUUCUGUUCUUACCGGUCAGUCUGAUGACGGCGUAUUUCUCGACGGAACUGCAGGGUGUCAAGGGCGGGUACACCAAGGUAGAUUACUGGACGAGCUUCGCGGUGAUUUUCGUGGUCUCGAUCGUCCUGCUCAUGCUGUUCGGCGUGGCCAGUGAUACCGUGGAAGGCAAGACGAUCUACCAGUCCUUGGUGAAGACGUUCUUCCGGUCGGGACGAGAACGAGCAGCCAGGAUAACCGGACUCAGACGGGGAUGA